AUCUUUCGGACUAACUACAUCAAUCAGAAAUAUUACAUCAAUAUCAAAUUCUCAGCGAUUAUUGCAUUUGCAGAUAAAAUUUAUUGAACAUGCAUGUCCCUAACGAUUGAACAAUACUAAGGAGAACGGGACUAUGAACUGUUUUGGUAGUGUAAACAUAACUGCGAACCCUACUCAAGCUAUGAAAAUUGUGCUUGCAUUGCAAAUUGUCAGUAAUAAAAUAACGAUUUGAGAAUGAAGGAUACAAAUCUGCUAAUUUCAGACACUAAAUUGCAAAGAAACGCUAAGUUUGUUAAAAAUGCUUUUAUAGAUUCAGCGUCCAUUUCGAGAGCAAAACAUUUUUCGUUUGAUUCUAUUGACUACGAAGAUGUUGAGCGGCAUGAUCAAUUUUACAGAGAUCACAAGCUUCUAUUGAUAUUGUUUCGAGUACUUGCUGUUAUGCCUAUACUACGAUCGUCACCGGGCUGCAUGACUUUUUCCUGGAAAUCACCUGCGACAAUUUAUGCUUUUAUUUUUUGGAUUUUCAUGACCAUUGUUGUUUUAAUUGUCGGCAAAGAAAGGAUCCAAAUUCUUUAUACUACAAAACAGUUCGAUGAAUAUAUAUAUGCCGUAAUAUUUGUAAUUUAUUUGAUACCCCACUUCUGGAUUCCUUUCGUUGGAUGGGGCGUAGCUGCAGAAGUUGCUGAAUAUAAAUCUUCUUGGGGAACAUUUCAGCUCAUAUUUUAUCGAGUAACUGGCACAUCUUUGCAAUUUCCUCGUCUAAAAUCUACAAUCGUCGUUGUAUCAAUUGGAUGUUUACUUUGUGCAUUUCUUUUUUUGUUUGCUUUGUCGUUCUUCUUAGAAGGCUAUCCACUUUGGCACACGCUAGCUUAUUACCACAUUAUAAUUACGAUUAAUAUGAAUUGCGCUUUAUGGUACAUAAAUUCUAGAGCAAUUAAGACAGCCUCGACAAGUUUAACAGCCUGCUUCAAAAAGGAAGUUCUCUCCAGCUAUUCCGCAAACGUAAUUUCAAAAUAUCGAAUGCUUUGGCUCAAUCUAAGUGAACUACUGCAGUCAUUGGGGAACGCGUAUGCAAGAACAUAUUCUACCUAUUGCAUAUUUAUGUUUGUUAAUAUAGUAAUAGCGGUUUAUGGAGCUUUUGCUGAGAUUUUCGACCAUACGGAAUCGCCCACUGACUCGUAUAAGGAGAUCGGUUUGAUAGUUGAUGGGCUGUACUGUUCAACACUUCUAUUUAUUUUUUGUGAUUGCUCACACAACGCUACCCUCGGAGUAGCAAAAGGCAUUCAAAAAGUAUUGCUCGAGAUCGAUGUGCGCCAGAUUGACAGGAAGGCGAAGAGUGAAAUCGAUAUUUUCAUUUUUGCAAUUGAAAUGAACCCAGCCAUCGUAAGUUUGAAGGGAUAUGUCAACGUUAACCGCGAACUUUUGACUUCGUUUAUUUCAACUGUAACGGUAUACUUGCUUGUCUUAAUACAGUUCAAGUUCACAUUGAACUAAGUCCAUUAACAUUUCAAAUUACUGGAAUCGGAGGUCACUAACAAUCGCCGUUUGUUUCAACAAUAGCGCUAUCUUGUUUGUUUAACUUUUCCAUUCGCUGGAAAUAUUCUUUUGUCAACUCUUCUAUCACCAGAGAAAUAUAAUAUAAUAUUUAAAUAAAAUGAAAAUUUUAGUCUUGAA